UUCCCACCUCUUUUUAAACCCUCCACUCCACUCUCCUUCUUCACCAUGAACUGAAUCUUGAUCUCGCCGGCCGGAAUGUCGAUGUUGAACUUACUCGAUCUCCUCCGAUCUCAGCCGCUGCUGAUGGCCGCCGCGAACCCCUUCUGGCCCGCCCUCUCCCAUUUCUUAACCCUCUCUCUCUUGGGCUUCGGAGCUCUAAAGGUGACCAGAACCAGAACCUCCUCCCCACCAAACCACCUCAACUUCUUCUUCACCGCCGUCUCCGCCGCCACCGUCUCGAGCAUGUCCACCGUCGAAAUGGAAGUCUUCUCCAACGCCCAGCUCCUCAUCGUCACCCUCCUCAUGUUCCUCGGCGGCGAGGUCUUCGUCUCCGCCGCCGCCUUCCACCUCUCCCGCCGGUUCUCCAGCUCCGUUAAAAAUCCGACCGGACCGGCACGGUCCAUCGACUCGGAGUUGGAAAUUGGCCAUGGCCGGUCCAUGACGGUUACUGACGAGUUCGUUAAUCACGAAAAAUCCACGGCGCUUCUGGGGCGCGUGGUGGUGGGAUAUCUUCUGGCGGCGAAUCUGAUUGGUUCUCUGUUCGUGUUCUUGUACGUGACUCUGGUUUCACGUGCGAGGCACGUGCUCGAGAGCAAGGGCAUCAAUUUGGUGACGUUUUCAAUUUUCACCACGGUUUCCACUUUUACCAACUGCGGAUUCAUACCCACUAAUGAAAAUAUGAUCGUCUUUAAGGACAGUUCUGGAAUUUUACUGGCUCUCGUCGCCCAGGUGCUCCUCGGCGGGUGUUUAUACCCGGCAGGUCUCCGGUUAGUGAUAUCGGGGAUGACGAAGGUGACGGGGAAGAAGGAGUUGAGAUACAUAUUGAACAAUUACUCGGAGAUGGGUUAUCCACAUCUCUUGUCGGGGGUUCGGUGCCGGUAUCUGGCCGGAACAGCGGCGGGGUUCGUAAUUUUGCAGAUGAUAAUCUUCUGCUCGCUGGAAUGGAACUCGGAGGGAUUGUGGGAUGGCCUGAAUCCGUACCGGAAGACGGUGGCGGCGCUUUUUCAGGUGACCAACUCUAGACACACCGGAGAAUCGGUGGUGGAUAUCUCCGUCAUCUCGCCGGCGAUCUUGGUGCUCUUCGUUGUCAUGAUGUAUCUCCCCCCAUACACAACUUUUUUACCUAUGAAGAAUAAAGAGAUGGAUUCAGUGGGAAAUGGGAAGGGCAAAAGGCAACACUUAGUGGGAUUCUUGAAAUUCUCACAGCUCUCUUAUUUGGCCAUCUUCAUCAUUCUCAUAUGUAUCACAGAGAAACAACAGCUGAGAGAUGAUCCUCUCAACUUUACUGUGCUCAACAUUACCCUAGAAGUCAUCAGUGCAUAUGGUAAUGUUGGCUUCUCAACUGGCUAUAGUUGUAAAAGACAGCUUAAAGCUGAUGGCUCUUGUAAAGAUGCAUGGUAUGGAUUUGUUGGAAGAUGGAGUGGAAAGGGAAAAUUUAUUCUCAUUCUCGUCAUGAUCUUUGGAAGAUUGAAAAGUUUUAGUAUGCAUGGUGGUAGAGCUUGGAAAUUAUCAUAGUUACCCAAAGAUUUCACUUCAUUACUUGUAAUUGUGUUAGAAGAUGGCAACUUUUUUCUUUUUAGGUAAUAUAAUGUAAGUUUGACCCUUGAUUUUCA